GCCAAAGUGCCGGUCAGUGAUGGAGCCGCUGCCAUGACAACCCCGGGAAGUCAGCCUGCGCGCCGCCCAGGGAUGCUGCGGGCCAGCCGCGCCGGCGGGGCUGGGAUGCUGCUGCCGCCGCCUCGCCCGCUCCCCCGCGCCCCGUCCUCCCGCCGCUGAGGGCAGCUGGGGGCUCCGGCAUCCUGACAUCCUCGCGUUCUGCAUCCCGGCGUCCUGACAUUCCCCCCCCCCCAUCCUGCAUCCCGGCAUCCUGCAUCCUGCCUGGACCAGCCCGCCUUUGGGACCCGACAGCGGGGCUGGAGGAGAGGAACUGUUGGGCACCUGGGAGGCCUUUGCCCGCUGUGCCUUCUUGCGUCUGGACCCGUUUGCUAGCUCGCUCCGGGGCGUGUUUUUUUGGUUCUUACUGGCUUUUGGACUGCUCCCGCUCCGCGCUGCGGAGGGGAGCUGCGAACUCGGGACAAGUGUGCGGGAGCGGGGCGCAGCCGGGCGGCUCCCCCGGCGCUUCCUCGCCCAAGAGUGCCCGUGCGCAGCGGAGAUGCCACCUUCCCCAAAGCUAUGGACAACGUGACUGUGCGACAAGGGGAGAGCGCCACGCUCAGGUGCUCCGUGGAUAACCGAGUCACCCGAGUGGCCUGGCUGAACCGCAGCAGCAUCCUCUAUGCCGGCAAUGACAAAUGGUGCUUGGACCCUCGGGUGGUGCUCUUGGCCAACACCAAAACCCAGUACAGCAUCCAGAUCCAAGAUGUGGACGUGUACGAUGAGGGCCCCUACACCUGCUCCGUGCAGACAGACAAUCACCCCAAGACAUCGCGUGUCCAUCUCAUUGUGCAAGUGUCUCCGAAAAUCACCGAGAUCUCUUCCGACAUCUCCAUCAACGAGGGUGGCAACGUCAGCCUCACCUGCAUAGCCACGGGCAGGCCAGAUCCAACAAUCACCUGGAGACACAUCUCGCCCAAAGCCGUGGGCUUCAUCAGUGAGGAUGAGUACCUGGAGAUCACGGGCAUCACACGGGAGCAGUCGGGCGAGUACGAGUGCAGCGCCUCCAACGACGUGGCAGCGCCCGUCGUCCAGCGAGUCAAAGUCACCGUCAACUACCCGCCGUACAUCUCAGACGCGAAGAGCACCGGGGUGCCGGUGGGGCAGAAGGGCAUCCUGCUCUGCGAAGCCUCCGCCGUCCCCUCCGCCGACUUCCAGUGGUACAAGGACGACAAGCGGCUGGCUGAAGGACAGAAAGGACUGAAAGUGGAGAACAAAGCCUUCUUCUCCAGACUGACUUUCUUCAACGUCUCCGAGCAGGACUACGGCAACUACACCUGCGUAGCCUCCAACCAGCUAGGAAACACCAACGCCAGCAUGAUCCUCUAUGAAGAGACAACUACCGCUCUGACACCCUGGAAAGGCCCCGGUGCCGUGCACGACGGGAACAACGGCGCGUGGCGGCGAGGCGGCUGCGUGUGGCUGCUGGCCCUCCCGCUCGCCCAGCUUGCCCGCCAGUUUUGACCCGAGAGCCGGCCCGCGGAGUAGCGGCGGCGACGACCACGGCCAGCGAGCGCAAGCAGAAAGGAGAGGAGGAAGAAGAAGAAGAAGAAGUGUUCACCGUUUCCGAAAAUAAUCAUAAGAAUUGAGAGAGUAUCCGGCCAGGCCACCUGGGGGAGGGGGAGAGAGGAAAAACACGCAAAAAAAACCCAAACCAACCGCAACGGGAAUUUGGAAAGGAGAGAGGAAAAAAAAAAAAAAAUAAUCCAAGGCUUCCUGCUGAAGAUGCAACGCGACUGAGUCUUUUUCUUUUCCCCCUAUUUUUUUUUUUUUUUGUCUCCCACCCCUUUUUCCCCCCGUUUUCUGCCGUGGGCCAGCGCGGAGGUCCGGUGGGGCCGUCGGGGUGCAGUGCUCCCCCCCACCACCCCGGUCCCCUUCGCCGCCUGCUCCCCUCUGUCCGGACGCGCUGGUUUUCUUCUUUGCUGAGAUUUCCCCGUCUUCUCAUGGACCGUGCCGCCAUUUGUGUUCCAGAAUAUAUAUAUAUAUAUCCACGUAUACAUAUAUAUAUAUAUAUAUGUAUAGAUAUAUAGAUCUUCGACAGUUACCACACCGCCACGAAUGGAAAGGGAGGAAGGAGACCGGCGUCGAGCCACGCGUUCAUCAUACCACCCGUGGACAUCGUGAAUGAUAAGGGAUUCUGAGUCAUGGUUAAUUUUAUUAAUUAUAUUUUCUGAUACGAGCCUAGAACUCUUAGAUCCUAAAAAACAGAAAUGCAAAAAAGAGGGGGGGGUGGGGGGGAAGAAAAAAGAGAAAACACACAAAUCCAGAAAGGAGAGGGGGAGCAAGCGGAGAGAAGUUGUUGAUUCACCGCGCGACCGAGGAGGCGACCGGCCGAGGAGGUUUGCGAGCCCGGCGACUUGGCACGGAGGAGGAGGAGGAGGAGAAAGAUGAUUCCCGCACCGACCCCCCCCAAACCGGCCCAAAAAGCGGUCGUCCGAACAGUUCCUGCCAAGGGCACGGGCGACGUUCGCCGCGCGUCGACGCAGAGGGAGACGCUGAAUCUUUUUAUGGGAUAUAUAUAUACAGUAUAUAUAAAUAUACAUAUAUAUAUAUAAUUUUUUUUUUUUUUGUUAGCGUUCUAGCCACGGUUCCCGGCAGGAUCCUUCCGCUGCCAUUACUGCAUGCUGUAUAUGGAGUUAGGUGUGUAUCGGUCCUCAACGAGACGAGCGUCUCGGUCCACGCGUCCCCGAAUCCCCUCGCCUUUCCACCCUCGGGUCACCGGCACGCCGGGGAUGACGGGCCGCGGGGGGACCGGGACCCCUCUCCAUCACCUUCCACCGCACGGCCCCGGCCCCUUCACGGCAGAAUAAAGCGAACCGAGGGACAAAGGGAGAUCUAUAUAGCUCAGUUUUAUAUUUUUUUAUAUAUAUAUAUAUGUAUGUAUAUGUGUGUGUGUGCGCGUGCGUGUGUGUGUGUGUAUAUAUAUAUAUAAAAAAACCCCAACCAAACAAAAAUAAGUAAGGAAAAGAAGGCGAAGCGAUCGGCACCGAGCCGUCAGCCGUAACGCGGGACCAGUCGCCUCGCCGUACGUUUUGGCGGGGGUCUCUCCCGCGGUCGGUUUUCCUCCUUCGGUUUCCUUUCCUUCCCUGCGGCCGACGGGCGGGGGGCACGCGGCGGGGGGGGGAGCCCGGGUGCGGGCGGGCGGGCGGCGAGGGGGGCUCUCUCUGCCUAUCCAUUAAAACGAUUGUUCCAUGUGGCCGCUCCGUCUGGUUGUGGUGCUCAUUGCCGCGGGGGCCGGGGCUGCCCCGCAUUCUCCCCCACCCCGCGACGCCGGGGAAUGGGGAGGGAUGCCGGUGGGGGAGGGAUGUCGGGUGGGAGCACCAAAUCGUUGCAAUGGGUGGGGAGAGCGUCGGAGACGUGGUGCGUGGAACCCGCCGGCGGGGAUGCUGUCACAAGGUAAGGCUUUGGUGAGUAGAUGGGGAGGAUGUGGGGUGCAGCUCUGCCCUAUGUCCCCCCGGGCAGGAUCCCACCCGGCUGCUCGGAACCCCAAAAUGUUUCCAUGUAGCCCUUGGCCCGGGCGGCACAACGUUGCAGGGGGAUGCUUACGGAGUGGCCAAAGCAAGUCCCACGGGAAGGAGAGAUGCAGCGAUGCGAGGUGGGUGUAGGAAACUGGGUGCCCCCUGCAAAGCUGCGGCCGGGCGAAGCACGGCGGGACGGAGCCACGUGUUUGGGUGUAGGUGCAACCCACACGGGCCGGGGGUGCGUCUGGGCCGGUGUCUUGGUUUUUUGAUGAUUUGCAGAAGGUUCCUCGGUGCGUUUGGUCCUCAACCUCGACCGUAGCCUCCAGGCCACUUGCUUCCCCAAGGCAUCCAGGAUGUUUUUUUAGGAUCAGAAGCCGGUCAGUAGCGAUGGCAGAACUGUUGUGGUGGUGGUGUUUGAUUUUUUUUUUUUUUCUUGACCCUAGGAUGAGUUUGUGCAGCUCAAGAAAUGGGCACAGAGAAUGGGGAGAGAUCAAAAGGGAUGGCAAGGUGUUGCUUUGCGGUGUGACAUGUGGCUGCUGGGGGAGAGCCGUGCCCUUGAGGCUUCACGGCACAUCCCAAGUGAGGGACGGGGGUAGCGAGGACGUGGGAACGGGACGGCUGGGCACAGAGUGUUCUGCAUCCCAGGGCCGGGAUGGCACAGGGGGAGGCAGCCGGCCAGCCCAGCCCCACGGGGGGACGCUGGAGCCAGCCCUCCUGCACCCCUGGUUUAUAGGAGAGCGUGUUGUGGCCAGUUUUGCCUUUGGCAGCAGAUACGCCUCUCCCAGGGGAAAAGAUGGUGGCGGUCUUCGUGCAGGUCUUAGGAUGCCCAGGCGGGGACGGUCCAUGGUAGAGCAAGCCUGGCGGGAGAGGCAGCACCCAGCUGCUCGGGGGUGUGGGGAGGGACCCGACCUGGCACCCAAGGAAAGGGUAUGGAGGUACCGGGGCUGUCUCCCUCGCCUCCUCCCUUUAAUGUCAAACUUUUUGGUGCUCUAGGUCAGAUAGGCAGGGGUGCCCGGUGGCAGGGUUUGAGGGACAAAGAGUGAGUUAAAGGGGGAGAGGCUGGUUGAUGGAUGCAUUUAUGUAUUAAUUCAUUGACAUAUGUCUUGGUGGGAGGGGGAGGGAUGGAUGUCAUGGCCUGAAAUACACCCCCCAUCCCCCUGGACGUAGCAGCUGCGGUCCCUGUCCGUAGGCACAGGUCAGGCGUUGCCAAGGGCCGUGGAGGAAAUCCUCCCUGGAGCCAGUGGGCACCCCCCAGCCAGGCUUAUGGUGGGGAAGGGGCCGUGUCACCUCCCCCAGCACUCGGUGAUCUUAUAAAAGGGGAUGCCAGAGGCGAGGCGUGGGGAUGUGCCAUGAGCCGGGGCAUGGGAUGCAUCGGGGCUGAAUGCAUCGGGGUGAGCGUUCCUUCGUGGCACCUGUGGUUAGACUGCACCAGUCCUGGCUCCCUCACGGGCUUUUAUUUUUGAGGAGGCUCAAAACAGAGAGCUUCCCGCAGUGAUGACCCAUGCCACUUGCUGUGCAGGAUGUCACUCGUCCCGUGCCCGAGGUCCAGAGGUUUUUGGUCAUAGAGCCCAGAGAGCUGCAGGGGCAGCGGUGUUCGGGGCAGGCGGGGUGGUUCUCCCCUCCCGGACCCCUCUCCCAGGGAGGCCGGUGGGUUUUGGGAAGCACUUACCUUUUUGCCAGGGUCACCUGAGGGGCACAGCAGAGAUGUUCCUGAUGUAUGGAGAUGUGGUAGUUCGUGGCGGUGCCGGGAUGGAGCCGUUUGCUCGGCUGCAGCAGCGCACCAGUGCCCGCCGUCGGUGGGAGAGCAGUUUGCUGUGGGACUUGGGGAUAAACUCUCGGGACCAGGCUUUUCAUCUGUAUGUCAGGGAAGGCAAAGAGAGGCUCACUCCCAC